ACCCUAAUCGUUGAAGUGACGGAGCAGCAGUAGGUUAGCGGAUCAGUGCCUCUCUGCCUGCACACCUAGCGAUCAUCGAACAAGCAGUGUUUCGCUCUCUCUCAGACUCACCAUGGGACGCGUCCGCACCAAGACUGUGAAGAAAUCUUCGCGCCAAGUGAUAGAGAAAUAUUACUCCCGAAUGACCCUUGAUUUCCACACAAACAAGAAAAUCCUGGAGGAGGUGGCUCUCAUUCCCUCCAAGAGGCUCCGCAAUAAGAUUGCGGGAUUCUCGACCCACCUUAUGAAGAGGAUCCAGAAGGGUCCCGUUCGGGGCAUAUCCCUCAAGCUUCAAGAGGAGGAGCGCGAACGCAGAAUGGAUUUCGUGCCCGAUGUCUCUGCCAUUAAGACAGAUCAGGUUGAGGUCGAUAAGGAGACUAUUGAUAUGCUCAGCGCUCUUGGCAUGAGCGAGAUUCCAGGGAUUAUUCAAGUCGAUCCUGUGCCCGUUCAGCAAUCCUUCGGAUUUGGCCGUGGUGGUUUUGGCGGAGCCGGCAGGAGGUUCUGAGGCCUUUGUGUUGCUCACGCUGGUUUGGUCAGAGUUUCAAGUUCUUUUUGUCUUUUGUUUGUUUAAUUUAUGUAAGGAAUUUGAAAGUACUUUGCGUUUAUAGUGAAGGAUGUUUGUUAGCUGUGGCUGUUAUCAGUUUUUGUGAACUGUAAUACUUUUCCUCAUACUGCUCUGUUUUAUUUUA